UCCGUGGAUAUCUUCCACUCAAUAAUCUCCUUAGACCCCUCCAACAAUGUCAUCCACCUGGGAGCUCCAGGCCCAAAAAGCCAGAGAUAUCCUCGACGACUCCAUCCCCAAGCAAUGGCUUCUCCCCGCGCACCAGCUCCCCUCGCCCGAGGAGAAGAACGUCGAGGAUUUUGCCCGCAAGAGCGGCCUGCUCUCCGAGAAGGAGCUCGCCAUCACCGAUCUCUCCGCCACUGCCCUGGUGCGUGAGAUGGGGGCUGGAAGGCUCAAGGCGGAGGAUGUCGUAGUAGCGUUCCUCAAGCGAUCCGUAUUAGGUCACCAGUUGCUCAAUUUCGCCACCGAAUUCCUGGCAGAUAGAGCUAUUGCCCGAGCCAAGGAACUGGACGAUUACUUCGAGCGGACCGGAAAGCUUGUUGGCCCGCUGCACGGAGUCCCAAUCAGCGUCAAGGAGCAUAUCGGAAUCAAGGGACUCACUUGCAACGCCGGCUAUGUGGCAUGGGUGAACGACAUCGCAGAAGAAGAUGCACUCCUGCUACAAUGCCUCGAGAAAGCUGGUGCGGUCUUCCACGUGCGGACCAACCAGCCGCAAUCUCUCAUGCACCUCUGCUGCAGCAACAACCUCACGGGAACAACAUUAAACCCAUACAACCGCACCCUCAGCCCUGGAGGCUCAUCGGGAGGCGAAGGCGCAUCAACAGGCUUCAAAUGCGCGCCUCUCGGCGUGGGAACAGACAUCGGCGGCUCCAUCCGAGCCCCUGCUGCAUUCUGCGGCUCGUACGGAUUCCGUCCGACUGCGCUUCGCAACCCGAUGACUGGAGCCAAGGCCCCAGAGCCGGGACAGGAGGCUAUUCGCGGCGUGAUCGGGCCUCUCGCCAGCCAGAGCGUCGAGGAUCUCGAUCUCUUCCAACGAGCCGUCAUCGACCAAGAGCCCUGGGACAUCGAGACCUCCCUGGCUCCAGUCCCAUGGAAGAGAGUCAGCCCGAAAAAGGACAUCACCAUUGGCAUCAUGUGGGAUGACGGCUGCGUCCGCCCUCACCCCCCCGUAACCCGCGCGCUCAAACACACCAAAGCCAAGCUCCAAGCGGCCGGUAUCAAGGUCGUCGACUGGGAGCCCUACAAACACGACCACGGCUGGGAUAUCAUCUCAGCAAUGUACUUCCCCGACGGCACAGCCAGCCAACGCACCCUAAUCACCCAAACCAACGAACCCACUCUCCCGCUCACAGCCUGGUCCUUCGCCUACAGCAGCCCCACCCCGCUCACCAUCCACGAAUCCUGGUCCCUGAACGUGCAGCGCGACACCUACCGCGACGAAUACCACGCGCUGAUGAAAUCGCGCGGCGUCGAUUUCAUCCUCUGUCCCGCCUACGUCGGCGUCGCCGCCGUGCUCUACGAAUCCCAUUAUUGGAAUUAUACCGCCAUUUGGAAUAUUCUGGAUUUGCCGGCUGCGGUGUUUCCGUCCGGGUUGAGGGUGGAGAAGGAGUUGGAUGGGUUGGGUGGGGAUGGGGGUUUUGUGCCGAGGAGUGAGACCGAGGAGACGGAGUGGAAGAAGUAUACCGGUCCCGAGAGGUAUGAGGGGGCGCCCGUGGCGGUGCAGUUGGUGGGGAAGCAUUUCAGGGAUGAGGAGACUCUGGCGGCGGCGGGGUUGGUUAAUGAUGAGGGUGAGGGUGAGGGUGUGCAGCAUGAAUGA